UGAUAAUAGUAAAAAAUUGUUUAGUAAAAAAUAAUGUAUCGUGGUGUGUAAGGCGAAUGUUAUCAACGUCAAGUUACUUAAUAAAUGAUAAAAAAUAUUCAUUUUUAAAAGAUUUAGAAUUAAAAGAAGUUAAUCAUGGUGUUUUUAAUGGUAAUUGGACUGGUAAUGGAGAAAUUACGAAAUCAAUAAGCCCAUCCAAUGGAAAAAUCAUUGCUGAAAUAAAAAAUGGCAACAAAAAUGAUUACGAAGAUUGCGUUAAAGCAUCUGAAGAAGCAUAUAAAGUUUGGGCAGAUCUACCACUUCCAAAACGUGGUGAAAUAGUUCGACAAAUUGGUAAUGCUUUGCGUGAAAAGAUUGAGCCCUUAGGAAAAUUAGUUUCUCUUGAAAUGGGAAAAAUUUUACCAGAAGGUAUUGGCGAAGUUCAAGAGUAUGUUGAUAUUUGCGAUUAUGCUGUUGGUCUAUCAAGGUCUUUAAAUGGUGCCAUCAUACCAUCGGAACGUCCAGGACAUGCAUUGCUCGAAAAAUGGAAUCCAUUAGGUUUGAUUGGUGUUAUAUCCGCUUUUAAUUUUCCAAUUGCGGUUUAUGGGUGGAAUAGCGCUAUUGCAAUGGUUUGUGGAGAUACUAUCUUAUGGAAACCAGCACCCACUACACCUUUAGUUUCCAUUGCUACAAUUAACAUAAUUUCAAAAGUGUUAGAACAGAAUGGAAUCAAUUCAGCAGUUGCCACCUUAUGUAAUGGUGGAGCAGAUAUUGGUAAAAAUUUAGCAACUGAUACUAGAAUCAAAUUAUUAUCGUUUACUGGUAGCACACAAGUUGGACAUCAGGUGGGCGUAGAAGUACAAAAACGUUUUGGAAAGCAUUUACUCGAACUUGGAGGAAAUAAUGCUAUUAUCGUCAACGAAGAUGCCGAUAUUGACAUGGUGAUAACUUCCACCGUAUUUGCUUGUGCUGGCACAGCAGGUCAACGAUGUACAACCACCAGAAGAUUAAUAAUUCAUGAAAAAGUCUACGAUGAAGUAUUAUCAAGACUGAAAAAAGCAUACUCUCAAAUUAUAAAUCGUAUUGGCGAUCCACUUGAUUCAAAAACUUUAUUGGGUCCAUUGCACUCAGCUGAAUCGGUUGCAAAAUUUGAACAAACAAUUAGCGAAGCUCAAAAACAGGGUGGUGCUAUUGAAUUUGGUGGAAAAGUAAUUGGAAGUACUGGAUUUUUUGUGGAACCAACCAUUAUAUCUGGCUUGAAGCAUGACUCACCCGUGGUGCAUAGCGAAUGUUUUGCACCAAUCGUGUACAUUCUAAAAGCAUCAAAUUUGAAAGAAGCAAUUUCAUGGAAUAAUGAAGUGCCACAAGGUUUAUCAUCUAGCUUGUUUACUCAAAACGUCAAUAACAUUUUUGAAUGGAUUGGACCAUUCGGAUCAGAUUGCGGUAUUAUAAAUGUAAAUAUCCCUACAUCUGGCGCUGAAAUUGGCGGAGCUUUUGGUGGUGAGAAACAUACUGGCGGUGGACGAGAAUCUGGAAGUGAUUCGUGGAAACAAUAUAUGCGCCGUUCUACAAUUACAAUUAAUCAUUCAAGAGAAUUACCAUUGGCACAAGGAAUUAAAUUCGAAUGAAACUAUAAUAAAGUAUCGAAAUAGUUUUUGUUCGAGAUCUUGUAAUUUUUUUAAUUGUCUCUAUUCGACUCUAUUUAUAACAAAGCUUUUUUCGAAUAUAAAAAAGAUUGUCUGUUUCUCGCAAUAUUGUUUUUGUUAAAUUUUUCCGGCAUUUUUUUAAAAGUU